ACUACAUUUCUUUUAAGAAACAAUCGUAGUGAGAUGCUACAAAAGUAAAUGAAUCAAGUGUCUCUGUCACUACUGGGAUUGCCACUUAAUAGAGGAGUAUUUAUUCAUAAACAAGAGUUCAGAGUCUCCCUCUGUAUUUUUAGUGUUUGCAGGGGUUCCAGGAUUACAUCAUUCUUUAUCUAGUAUCCAUUUCAAUUUGCACCCAGGAUUCUCUUUCAAAAUAGACUUAUGUGAUUCCAAUACACUAGACAACUUGGAAAACACUAGACAUCAGCAGUCUUAUCCAAAGAAAUAGGACCUCCAAAGACGAAGCAUCAGAAUGCUUCAACUAACUGGGGAAAAUGAGAAGAAUUUUGAAGUUUCAGAAAGUGUCAGAAGCCCUGGACUGUGGAAAGAGAUUUCUUUUGGGGAUUACAUUUGUCACACAUUUCAGGGAGAUUGCUGGGCUGAUCGAUCCCCACUUCAUGAAGCUGCGGCUCAGGGGCGCUUACUGGCCCUUAAAACGUUAAUUGCACAAGGUGUCAAUGUGAACCUUGUGACAAUUAAUCGGGUCUCUUCUCUCCAUGAGGCAUGCCUUGGAGGACAUGUGGCUUGUGCUAAAGCCUUAUUGGAAAAUGGUGCACAUGUCAAUGGAGUGACAGUUCAUGGAGCUACGCCCCUCUUCAAUGCGUGCUGCAGUGGCAGUGCUGCGUGCGUCAAUGUGCUGUUGGAGUUCGGAGCCAAGGCCCAGCCUGAGAUGCACCUGGCUUCACCUAUCCAUGAGGCAGUGAAGAGAGGUCACAGGGAGUGCAUGGAGAUUCUGCUGGCAAAUAAUGUUAACAUUGACCAAGAGGUGCCUCAGCUUGGAACUCCCCUGUAUGUAGCCUGCACCUACCAGAGGGUAGACUGUGUGAAGAAGCUUCUAGAAUUAGGAGCCAGUGUUGACCAUGGCCAAUGGCUGGACACCCCUCUCCAUGCUGCAGCAAGGCAGUCCAGCGUAGAGAUCAUCCACCUGCUGACCGACUAUGGGGCUAAUCUGAAGCUCAGAAAUGCACAGGGAAAAAGUGCUCUUGAUCUGGCAAUUCCCAAAAGUAGUGUAGAGCAGGCACUCCUACUCCGAGAAGGCCCACCUACUCUUUCCCAGCUCUGCCGCCUGUGUGUCCGGAAAUGUUUGGGUAGAGCAUGUCAUCAAGCCAUCCACAAGCUACAUCUGCCGGAGCCACUGGAAAGAUUCCUCCUGUACCAGUAGCCCCAAAUGUCCAUGGGAAGAUACUUGGAAAUAAGUAGGUUGUUGUCUGCUGUACCCAGGGUACUUAUUAUAGACGCCCAACAGCUAGGUCAUCAGUAUCUUCCAAUGAGCUCAGCCAAUUAGAGGAAAUCCUUUAUAAACAGGAACCUUAAAGUUUUUAGCUCUUGCUGUUAAUAAACUUAAAAAAAACUGUGAAGUAGAAUGAAAAUAAUAGACUAUUUUCUGAUAAUACAGGAUUUCCCAGUGCAUAUGGGUCAACAUUUUUAAUAUUGUACAGAUCCACAUAAAUCCAGGUGAAUAGGAUUAUAAUGAAUGUUAAGAAUUCCAGAAUGUGCUCUUGAUUUAAUUCCUCUCUUCUACCCCUUUCUUCCCUCCCCCCCUCUUUUUCUUUCUUUACCGCCUCUUUCUUCUCUUUCCUUGAAUAAAUCUAUGCUGUAACUUUGGUUUUUCUGCCUUUUUAAAAGACACAUAAAAAAUGAAAUAUUUUGAAAACAUCACAGUUACUUGGGACUUCCAAUUCUUGAGGUCCUGGUUGAUAAGAGAGAUUUUGGAAGAGAUUAGCUCAUAUAGAGUUUAGGCUCCUUUGCUCAUCAUUUCUGAUGUUAAAUACUCUUCUUUGAAGGAAUCUUAGACAAUUGUAGGAUUGCACAACAAUAGUUGCCCCUCAACAACCUGAACUCAUAAGCACUUUGUGAUGCAUUUAGGCACCCCAACAUUGGCUUAUUUUCAAACUCAAGAUUCUCAGUUUUUUUUUUUUUGAAAUGCCUACAUGUUGAUUCCAGCCACCAAGGUGGGCUUAAUGCUGAGUCAAUAUUUUUUUUCUGUGAAUAGGUGCCCAAAGUAAGCAUAAAGAUAUAUAAAAAGCCGUCUCCUCCUUUUUUUCUCCCUUCUUUUUCUUCCCAUCUCCCUCCUUUUCUGCUACUCCUCCUCCUAUCAGUUCCUCAUUUCCCUUUUUGUGAAUUUAGAACAUGGGAACUCGAUAGAUUUUUCCAUUAUUAUAAAUUAUUGUCAUGGUUCAGUGACUAUAGUAAUAUUAGCUUCUAAAUGAAAAUUCUCUCUCAGAUGAUCCUAAGAUUCAUUUUCAACAUUUUUGCCCCCUAGUUUUUCUAGUCCUUUUGUUUUCAACAAGGGACAGUUUUGUCUCUCAUCCAGGGACAGCUGUGGCAAUGUGUGGAGACCUUUUCAUUUGCAACAACUGAGGGGAUGGAGCUACUCAUCUCUAUUGCGUAGAGGUCAGGGAUGCAGCUAGAAACCCUAUGAUGUACAGGACAGUCCACAAAAAAGAAUUAUUAGGUUCAAAAUAUCAACAGUGCUGAGGAUGAGAAAUUGCUGUAGACCUAUGCUAUUUGGUUCAGUAGCUAUCCACCACCUAUGGCUGUUGGAAUUGUGACUAGGUGAACUAAGAUUUGCUGUACAUAUGAAAUACAUAUCACGUUUUGAAGAUUCAGUACAAAAAAGAACAUGAAAUAUCUUAUGAAUAAUUUUUGAUGAUGGUCACAUAUUUUUUUUUGUUUUUUGUUUUGGUUCACUGAUGAAUUCUUUUAAAAAUUUUUUUAUUUUUAAAAAUUUAUUCUAAUCAGUUAUACAUGACAGUGGAAUGCUCUUCGAUUCAUUUUACACAAAUGGAGCACAAUUUUUCACUUCUCUGGUUGUUCACGAAAUGGGGUCACACCAUUCAUUCAAUCAUACAUGUACCUAGGGUAAUGAUGUCUUAUUCCACCAUUUUUCCUACCCACGAUGGUCACAUAUUGAAGUGAUAAUAUUUUGGAUGUAUUAGGUUGAAUAAAGUAUAUUAUUGAAAUUAA